CCAUUGAUCCUGCAUUAUGCCAUGUUUUUAUCCUCUAUUCUGGAACAAGCAAUCUUGCAAGCAUAUUGGAUACACAGAGCUUCGUCUGGCGAUGUUAUAGGAACAUAUGCUCAGACCGAACUAGGCCAUGGAACGUUUCUCAGGGGUUUGGAAACUACAGCAACGUACGAUCCGAAAACGAAAGAGUUUGUUUUGAAUAGUCCAACUUUGACAUCCUACAAAUGGUGGCCAGGCGGACUGGGUCAUACUGCAAACCAUGCAAUAGUCGUUGCGCAAUUAUACACCCAGGGAGAAUGUAGGGGAGUUCAUCUUUUCGUUGUACAAUUAAGAGACGUGGAGACACAUGAACCUUUAAGAGGUACACAAAUAAAUGUCGCAAUCUUCUGCAUUAUAAUUGAAGAAAUUGGUACAGAAUUGGAGAUGAACGGUAUGAACAAUGGCUUUCUUGGAUUUCGUGACUUUAGGAUACCACGGAAGAAUAUGUUGAUGAAGAAUUCCAAGGUAAUUUUUCAUACAAAAUUCCUAUAA